AUGUCCGGUGAAAAUCUUCAGUUAUGUGCGCUGUCUUGUAUUCAAUCAAUUCUCUCGCCCUACGUUGCACAGAUAAAUGCUGAUUGGAACACUCAGCCCUUUGUGUGCUAUAACAAGAAGUCUCUUGAAUCGCUUAAUAAUUUACUUGGUUUUGAUUCUCCUCAAAAUGAUGUCGCCUUGCAAUUCGGUGAUUUGUUUGAGUCCCUCGAUCGCCUUUCUCGGCAUUCAACAAGCGCGCAUCUUCCCCUUGAAAUUGCUAGACUGUGCUCAAUGAUUGUUACAAUAUUUUCGGUCCACCCACGCAUUCACUGUGCAUUAAUCUGUCUCGAUAAUAUCGCUUUGUCGCUUCUGCACCGAUCAGAGUUUUGGUAUCGAAACGCUGGUGUGAGGAUUCUUGGUGACUUAAUGGAUUCGCGUCACAGAGUGGUUACCUCCUUAGCUUGCACUCUCAGUCCCCUAGUCCCAUUUUUGUGGCUCGAUCAGCUUUGCGCACUAAUUGAUGCAAACAAUCAUUCCAUUCGCAAAAAUACCUACGCACGCCUCCUAAUUCGUCACUUUGGGUCCCUCCAUGAGAGCACAGCGUUUGAUACAGUUGGCUCUCGCAAAACGCUUUUGAUGUCUACAAUGAAGUACUUGAGGGAUGUCCAGUACACCACCUACGUGACACCAGUUGUGCCGAUACGCUCUUCUUCUCUUUUCAAGCUGCAUCCAUUCCUUUCUCCCGUGGAGCUGCCACGUCUACCUCUUGAAGAGUCUUCUCUUCGCACAGCACUAACUGACUCUAGUCUCGGCUCCGUCUGGAUGCUGCUCCCUUCCAAUCCUAUUUUUGAUAAGUUGUCCAUGCCAUCCUUCGUGCAGCAAGGAGGAAAUAAACCCAAAGGAAGAUCUUUACCCCUUGCAAAUGAGUCGCUGACUAAAGCUGAGGAGAAUUCCUUGCCUGAAUGGACCCUGAUCAUCUGCGUGCUGAAAGAGGGCCAUCGUCUCCUCGAUGAAUUGAUACAUUCACCGGAUGUUGAAACUGUUUUUGGGCUCAUCUUCACCAUUCGGUGUUUACGAGUCUUCCUAGAAACGAACCCAUGCCUCGCGUCUAUGUCAGAUUCAAGACCCCUUCCAGACGUGGAAACACCACUGGUUCAAUUUACCCAGCACUUAUGUGAGCUCGUGCCGCCUGACUGUGCGGGUGAGACUCUCGUACCGGAGGCCAAGGCGCGGGGUGGCGAUGGUGAUGGUACCUAUCUCUCCCGCAAACAGCUCAAGCGGGCCUCCAAACGCGCUGCCAAAUUGGCGCGUCGGCAGGGUGCCGCCGGACUAAGACGAGGCGAUGACACGUCUGAAAAACACACCAAAGAAGCAACCACUGCUGGUAGACUAGACAGGUCCGAGGUAUUGGCACAUCUCCUCAAGCAGCAGACUCUUCAAUUGAUGUGGAGCCUGGCAGUCGAUGGUGCUAUGGAGCGCACUGUGGUGAGGGAUUUUUCAAGGUCCCUUGCCACUUUCUUCCUCACCACAAAACAGGUAGGAGAUGAUGAGGGGGAGUCACUACCACCCCUAGCAUUCCUCCAUCUGGUUAGUUCAGCUCUGGCCUGGCGGUGGAUUCACUGCCUCGACUUCUGUCUCCUCUACAACUCACGAAUUCGACGUCUUCCUCUUGGCUCGGAGUUGUUGGCUUGUUUUGUGGCUCCGAUGGUCACAGCACUGGUCUACAUCGUGCACCGGUGGUGCCGCCGCCAGCAGUCCUCUGUCCUCCUCCAACCCUCCAAUGCUCCUCCGUUGCGUGCGCCUCGACUGGUGGUGCGGAGCACAGGCCUUCUGGUCACCUUCCUCUAUCAAGAGCUGAGGGCGCAGCUCUGGUCUGGUCGCGCCUCUCUCUUCUCUCCUCAUUCUUUUCCUACCGCAGACAGCACUGAUCAACCUCAGUCCCUGCUCUACGACUCCACGUGGAUCCGGGCCACUCUGAGGGAUCUAAAGGUGGAUUUACCAUUUCCUGGGCCGGAGGAUUUGUUCUCCACCCUCGCUGAAGACUUGUGUGAUCUCGUGGAGAGGGAGUCGCUUAAGCCGGAUAGCUGCAGAGCUCGAUGGGUGUGGGCUGCCGCCUGUCUCAAUAGUCUUGCUGGCAUCAAGUACGCGAACGUACUGGAGAGGCUAAAGCAGUCUCCGGGUCUGUGUGAGUCUGUGGAGCUGCUGAAGGGCUGGACGUGCAGUACGGAGGCCCUAGAGGACCCUCUGGUGUACCUACCCUGUCCGGAGACCGGCACCUAUCCAUCUGCAGUCGUGCGACCCAGUGGAGUCCGAUUUACCACCUCUUCUCCUUCACCCUUGCAUGGACUCGCGACGUCGCGAUGGACCGCCAUGUCAUGGAGCAUAGACCUCCGUGCAACCCCUUCCAUCAUCUCCAUGCGCACAGAUACGUCUCGGACAUCACGGCCAGGAACCGGUGAUGCUGAAAUCCUGCCCUGUGAGGUUCACCGAGAGAAUGCUAUGGAACUGGGUGGUCGUGCACCUGAAUCAGAUCACACUUGA